ACCCACCCUCGGAUCUGUUCUCCCCUUCUCCCUGGCUCUGCUCCAUCUUUGUCUGGCUGGAAUGUGUCUGUCCGCGGUCCCAUGACCCAUCCUGGUCUAAAUAUAGACACUCGAGCAGGGUGCUCCACCGCCAAAGGGACAUUACGUAAUCCCGAGCGGCAUACCCGGAGAGAAGUGUCACUUGGGGCACGAGCUCCAGACGCGUGGAAGGCUGGAUGAUAGCUUGGUUCAAAUCAGGCACUCACCGGGGAUGUUUGAGAACGAUGAGAAAGCAAGAGACUUGAGAGGGCAAAUACUGCCAGAGCACUCCAUCAAAGAGCUCAGGGAACUCUGAAUCUGCUCUCUGAAACAAAGGAUUUGCAAAUUACCUCCUUAGAAUUUCCUUAAACUCAUUCUUUUCUUGGAGAAAUGGGGAAUGGCAUCAACAAGAUCCUGCCUGAUCUCUACCUUGGCAACGUUAGAGAUGCACAAGACCGGGAUUUGCUGGCGAAGCACAACAUCACCCACAUCCUGUCCAUCCACGACACAGCUGCACCCGUCCUGGAGGACAUGACAUACCUUUGCAUAUCUGCAGCUGACCACUCAAAGCAAAACCUGAUUCAGUUCUUCAGAGACAGCAUCAUGUUUAUCCACGAGUCCCGUCUGAAAGGGGAGGGCUGCCUCGUCCACUGCGUGGCAGGAGUGUCCCGCAGCGUGACGCUGGUGGUGGCCUACAUCAUGACGGUGACGGGCCGCGGGUGGGUGCAGUCUCUGGCCGCCGUCAGGUCCGCCAGGCCCUGCGCGGGGCCCAAUCUGGGCUUCCUGCGGCAGCUGGAGGAGUUUGAAAACACAGAGCUGGCAGAGUAUCGAGCCUGGUGGAAGGAGAGAUACGGGAAAGACUCGUUGAACGACGAGGAGGAGAUUCAGAACCUUCUAACCGGGAAAUCUGCCGGCAGCGUCCCUCCUGCGCUGGCCACCAGCGGCACCUGAGGAGCCGCCGGUGGCCCGCCACUGCACGGACAUCACAGAAAAAUCCAACACAAUCACAUGUCGGGUUUGAACUGUAUCGAUAUGAAAGGCUGAAUCUCCCCUUUGCAGGCCCUGGGGGGGGGAUUUUAUAUCACUGUCGUCAGUUCUCUUCAUCAAGUCCUCGUCUCUAACUGUCAAAACAGCAGGCAUGGGUAGCCAAGCAGAACACCAAGGAAAUAAGUACAUGCAGUCCUCAGUGUGAGCACACAUUUAGCUGUGCACACCCCCCAUCAGUUACAGUAUGCUGUGUCUCCUACUUGAAAUAUGACUAUUACUCUCUACAGUCAGUGUAGAGUCUGCUGAACUGUGUAUUUCUUAUCAACACAACAUAAGAAUUAGUGUUUUUCUUUGACUUGAUUGCACUUUUAUUCCUAAAUAUAAGUUCCUCCUUUGAUUUUGAGUGUUUGCAAUGUUACAUAUUUAGUUUUCAUCUUUGUAAACCAUUAGGACCCUUAUGUGUUGAUGGGAACUUGUGUUAUGUUUGAUUAAAUUGUAAUUAUUGCAAAAUGUAAGUCAUCAAGGGAAUUAUUCUAGAGGAGUGGUUUCCAGUUGGACAGAAAAGGACCCCUGGAAAGGGUUACAGUUCAUUUCCAAGAGUGUUAGU